AAGCGGGUCCUCAAGACAGAGAGAGAGAUUGUGCCAGCGGGCCAUCCGUUCUGGCACCUGCUGCAAAGUAGGGUCUCUUUGGGGGGUGGGAUCAAGGGGGGCACGAGCCCUGGCGCCCGAGGAGAGGACCACCGCCCUGCGAAACCUCGCCGCAAACAUGUUGUACCUCGAGAAUAAUGCCCAGUCCCAAUACAACGAGCCACAAUACACCAACCUGGGGCUGCUCAACAGCAUGGACCAGCAGAUCCAGAACGGCUCCUCGUCCACCAGCCCCUACAACACGGAGCAUGCGCAGAACAGCGUCACGGCGCCCUCGCCCUAUGCGCAGCCCAGCUCCACCUUCGACGCCCUCUCCCCGUCCCCCGCCAUCCCCUCCAACACAGACUACCCCGGGCCUCACAACUUCGACGUCUCAUUUCAACAGUCCAGCACUGCCAAGUCAGCCACCUGGACGUACUCCACCGAACUGAAGAAGCUCUACUGCCAGAUUGCCAAGACGUGUCCCAUCCAGAUCAAGGUGAUGACCCCUCCGCCGCAGGGGGCCGUCAUCCGCGCCAUGCCCGUCUACAAGAAAGCCGAGCAUGUCACCGAAGUGGUCAAGCGCUGCCCCAACCACGAACUCAGCCGGGAGUUCAACGAGGGUCAGAUUGCACCCCCGAGCCAUCUCAUCAGAGUGGAGGGCAACAGCCAUGCCCAGUAUGUGGAAGACCCCAUCACUGGGAGGCAGAGCGUCCUGGUGCCCUAUGAGCCCCCCCAGGUUGGCACGGAAUUUACUACCGUGUUAUAUAAUUUUAUGUGCAACAGCAGCUGCGUUGGGGGCAUGAACCGGCGUCCUAUCCUUAUCAUCGUGACACUUGAAACAAGAGAUGGACAAGUCCUGGGCCGCCGGUGCUUUGAGGCUCGGAUCUGCGCCUGCCCUGGAAGGGACCGGAAAGCCGAUGAAGACAGCAUCCGGAAGCAGCAAGUCUCCGACGGCACAAAGAACGGUGACGGUACGAAGCGCCCUUUCCGGCAGAGCACCCACGGCAUCCAGAUGACCUCCGUCAAAAAGCGACGCAGUCCAGACGAUGAGCUCUUAUACUUGCCGGUUCGAGGCCGGGAGACAUACGAGAUGCUGCUGAAGAUCAAGGAGUCCCUGGAGCUGAUGCAGUACCUCCCUCAGCACACGAUUGAGACCUACAGGCAGCAGCAGCAACAGCAACAGCAGCACCAGCACUUGCUGCAGAAACAGACCUCCUUGCAGUCCCCCUCGUCCUACGGCUCCAGCUCCCCUCCGCUGGGCAAGAUGAACAACGUGAACAAGUUGCCCUCGGUCAGCCAACUCAUGAACCCGCAGCAGCGCAAUGCCCUGACGCCCACCUCCCUCCCGGACAGCAUGGGAGCCAACAUUCCCAUGAUGGGGCACAUGGCCAUGGCCGGGGACAUGAAUGGGCUGAGCCCCACGCAGGCGCUGCCCCCUCCGCUCUCCAUGCCCUCGACUUCCCACUGCACCCCGCCGCCUCCCUACCCCACAGACUGCAGUAUUGUCAGUUUCUUAGCAAGGCUGGGCUGUUCUUCCUGCGUGGAUUAUUUCACGGCGCAAGGGCUGACCACCAUCUAUCAGAUUGAACACUACUCCAUGGAUGAUCUGGUGAGCCUGAAAAUCCCGGAGCAGUUCCGCCAUGCCAUUUGGAAAGGCCUCAUGGACCACCGGCAGCUCCACGACUUCUCCCCUGCAACGCCCCACCUCCUGCGCACCCCCAGCGGCGCCUCCACUGUCAGCGUGGGCUCCUCCGAAACCCGCGGAGAGCGGGUCAUCGACGCCGUGCGCUUCACGCUCCGCCAGACCAUCUCCUUCCCGCCCCGCGACGAGUGGAACGACUUCAACUUCGACCUGGAUGCCCGCCGGAACAAGCAGCAGCAGCGCAUCAAGGAGGAAGGGGAGUGAGGCUCCCGCGACGCUCAUGGCAUCCCUCGCAAGCGCAUGAGUCUAUGGACCUCUUGCUUGUUUCGCAAGGUGCGAGGGGCAUGAAAAAGGAAGGGAGACUCCCUCAAGUGCUUCAGUUCUAGCUGUACCUGCCAUUCUGCUCUCAUGCUUUGGCCCAAAGGGCACCGUUUUGUAUUUUUUGAUAAGCCAUAGCUCUUUUUUUCUUCUUUGUUUGAGAGGGAGCAUUGUUGUCCUUUUAUAUGGCUUUAGUUCCUUCUGGAAGUGAUGGAUGUCUGUAGAACUGUGGCUUUCCAUUGAUAUGGCACUUAAUCUCCAUGCUUCUUCCAAAGCCAACAUGUGUCCAUGUUAUGCGAGUUGCCCAGUUGGUGCAAGGUAAUGGGUCUCUGUCUUUCCAUACCCAAGAUCAAGUCAAUUGUCUCUUGCAGGCUUUUGGGUGGAUUUUCUCCUGAGUAUACAUAUGCCUGGGCUGUAACGUGUUAAAGACCUGGAGCAGGCUGUGAACCGUGUUGUGAGGUGUGACAGUUGCAAACUGGAAUGCUGAGCACAUAGAUCUCAGUCUAAUUGCAUGGUCAUGUGCUGUGAUUCAUGUUCCUCUCCUGAAACUUUUCCAUUGCAAGGAGAGAGGUGCGCCUUAUGGGUACAUAAAUGUGUGCAUGGCCAAUAUGCUCAAUUCUCUCCAUCAGUAAGCAUUGUUUUCUGGCACAGCCUGAUCCCCACAGCUAUCCUUCUCUGGUAUCAUCCUCAUGGUUGGCAUGAGAGUUACAGAAGGUUGGCAUUGCUCCUGACAUACCUUAUACCCRCCUUGCUUUGCUGCAAGACCAUUAUAUUUUUCUGUCCCUUUUAGUAGCAUAGUGGAAAUGGCCCUUCAGUCCUGGUGCAGCCAUGGCAGAGAUGUUGGGGAAAUCCUUCCCUUGGGAMACCAAACCCCACCAUAACGUGGGUCUGCUUAGCUUUGCCAUAAGUGCAUCCCAGGUAGGCUGAGCAAUAGCGYAAGGAGCCACAUUCUUGAAAUGAAGCAGAUCKAAACCAGAUAGGAUGCCUCUUUUCUCUCCCCUCCCGUGCUUCUUCUUCCCUGAAUGAUGCAGGCUGGAAACUGGCCAUUUUCUGCUYCUUCCCAAAGGGUUCCAGCAGUUAACCUGAGAUCCUGAGCACAUGGAUCUCAGUCUAAUUGCAUGGRCAUGUGCUGUAAUUCAUGUGCCUCUCCUGAAACUUUUCCAUUGCAAGGAGAGAGGUGUGCCUUAUGGGUACAUAAAUGUGUGCAUGGCCAAUAUGCUCAAUUCUCCCCAUCAGUAAGCAUUGUUUUCUGGCACGGCCUGACCCCCACAGCCAUCCUUCUCCAUUAUCAUCCUCAUAGCUGGCAUGAGACUUACAGAUUGUUGGCAUUGCUCCUGACGUGCCUUACACCUCCCUUGCUUUGCUGCAAGACCAUUAUAUUUUUCUGUCCCUUUUAGUAGCAUAGUGGAAAUGGCCCUUCAGUCCUGGUGCAGCCAUGGCAGAGAUGUUGGGGAAACACUUCCCUUGGGAGACCAAACCCCACCACAACAUGGGUCUGUUUAGCUUUGACCUAAGUGCAUCCCGGGUAGACCGCGCAAUAGCAGAAGGAGCCACAUUCUUGAAAUGAAGCAGAUCCAAACCAGAUCGGAUGCCACUUUUCUCUCCCCUCCCAUGCUUCUCCUUCCCUGAAUGAUGCAGGCUGGAAACUGGCCAUUUUCUGCUCCUUCCCAAAGGGUUCCAGCAGUUAACUUUUGCAACAUGGAAGGGUGCAGAGGGACCUUUUGUGCCUCUAAUGUUGUGGGGUUACAGUCCCCAUCAAAGUGUGAUGCAGGAUGGUGGGAGUCGCAGUGCCAGAACAUCAAUCAAAAAUAGUUUAUUGUACGGGCCCAAGGCCAUGACAAAAAGCACCACACGCGCACAGUAGUACCCUCGGAGUACAGGCACCAAAGAUGCUAAACAGAAACCAUAAUAUGCUCCCACAACAAAAACAAUGGAAGUUAAUAAUAGUUAAAAUACAUUUUAGGAGAGGAUCCAGUUAACCCAUAGCGUCUCCUUGGCAGUUGAUAGCAAUUUUAUCUAACUCUGUCUUUCUGAUCUUUUUUGCAAAGCGAGCAAAAAGGACUACUUUAUAAGUUACAUACUCAUUUGUGUCACUCAGCAGAAACUGCAUGGUUUCUGCAAUAGAGUUUCCUUUAUGUCAACAAGGGUUUCAGGUGUCUUUCCCUUGGGUCACUAUACAGUGGGCAGACAAACAGAUAAUGCACAAUGUCUUCUACCUGACAUUGACUACAAAUACAUAGUCUGUUUUCCCAGGGAACAUUUUGGUAGCGACCAUCUAACACUGCGAUUGGCAUCACUUGAAAUCGCAGCUCGGUGAAGGCAGUCCUCAAGGAAGGAGGCUUGACUGGCUCUGAAAUGUUCAGUUUUCAAAAAGGGGAACCAUGGGGGAAAAUCUGAGUUCCUGAUUGAUUGCAGGGUCCUACUUGG